CUAGUAGAAUUUCGCGGAGGCGCAACCGACCUCAUCUCUUCUCCUCCUCCUUCGCGCACCGCCGGCGCCGGCGCCGUCGCGGCGAUCUCCUGUUUUGUCCCGUUGGACUUGACUCCCGUCUGCCCGCGAGUCCCCCCGCCGCCUGCGCCGAUCUCCAUCCCGUUUCUGAGUAGCUGCUGCUUCCGCCUCCGGUGAGCUCCCGUGCCGACGCACACGGCACAUACUCUUUCUUCCUCAUCUCUCUCUCUCUCUCACGCACGGCACAUACUCUUUUUUCUCCUCGCGUGCGUGCGUGACGGGGCGUCGUGCUUCUCCUUCCUCUCGCACGGGGUCACGCCGACGCCUGCUCGCAAGGCUGUCGUCUCCUCCUGCUCGCAACCGCCGCAUCCUCCUGCUCGCGAGGCGGCGCCUCCUCCUGCUCGAGACCAUCGCCUCCUGCCCUCUCGAGACCGCCCCGCGAGACGUCGCCUCCCUUCGCAAGACCUUGCCGCCUUCCUCUUCGAGAUAUGAGGAAGAGAGCCAAACGAGGAUCCUGCAACUAGCUGGUAAGCAAGAUUACUUACUAGUACUAGAUGAAUGUGCAAUGAGGAAAGGCCAAUAAAAAGUUUCUGGAGACACCACUUGGCUCUCCCUACAGAGUGCAGAGGCCUUGUUGAGGAAGGGGAGGUAGGGUCUCACGGUUCGAGAACCAUCCCAGGGAGAAUCAGAAUUGAGGGCCAUGGCCUCUGUGGAGAUGCGGGUGCGGCAAGAGAAGGUGAGGAAGUUCGAGGAGUUUGUUGACCGGAGGCUUAAGCCAGACCUCGUGAAUGCUAUUGCGCAGCGGGAUAAGGUGUUCCAGCAGCAGAAAACCUUCUUGGACUUGAAGAAGAACAUUGAAAAUUUGGAGAAGAAUGGAAUCACCAGCAUGCAAUCCAUGGUCAAUCUUGGCUCUGAGGUGUACAUGCAGGCAGAAGUGCCUGAUACAAGGCACAUUUUUGUGGAUAUUGGUCUAGGUUUCCAUGUGGAAUUUACUUGGCAAGAAGCUUUACAGUUUAUAUCUGUAAGAGAAGCAAGGCUGGCAAGACAAAUAGACGAGUACACACAUCUCAUCGCAAGCAUAAAAGCACAGAUCAAGUUGGUAUGUGAAGGUAUCCGUGAACUACUCGAGCUACCAGCAGAGUGAGGCAAAAGGCCCAGUAACAGCCUUACGGGAUGCUUGGUAGAAUGACUUGCGUUAUCACUCUUCUAACCAAAUCAUGGUUGCCAUCUUCGAGCAUGUAAGAUUUUACAUGCACUCCAAUUCAGCAAAAGGUGGUUUCAUACGAAAAAACAGGACUCCAAUCGUGGUGUUUCGCAGAUUUGCCCUUGGGCCCACAUUUCAUACCUGUAAGCCUGUAAUAGCAUUCAUCGAAUCAGAUUAACUACAGUAGAAUUCGCUAUGUCAAAUCAACACAAACAAUCAAACGUUGUCCAACAUGCUGGUCGAUGGAACUUCAAAUCUUCCCUAGACAGAUUCCCAGCCAAAAUUCUUGAUAUACAUGUACUGGAAGCUCUGUGUCUGGUGAUCUCGCCGAGCAUGCAUGUAAGCACAUUACAUUUUGUCAUUUCAGAUAGAAGCUGGCAUGCCAUUUUGCAUAUGGAUGUGUCAGGCAAGACAGCAGAGCAACUGAGCAAGGGAACUAUAGUAGUAUGAAUUAUACUGGCACUUGAUCUGGCAAAGCUUAAUCUUUGCCUUUUGCCACGAAUCUGCCUUAAUUUUUAAUCCACUUGGGCCUCCGAAGGAAUCAGACAAAAUUUGCCACCUUGCCUUUUGUUCUCUUGUCUUCACCAUUCUUGAUUUGGUUUUCUUA